AUGAGAUUCAACCAUAUUACCAUCGUGGCGGCCUCCGCAGCCCUCGCCUCCGCCCAGACCCUCAACAUACCCACCCGCUCGGGAAGUAUCGUCUCUCUGUCAGCACCUUCGACCAUAUCUGGAGCCAAGAACUACAGCAACCAGGAGUUCGAUCGUGGCCGAGCCUGCAACUCUGAUGAAGACACGGGCAGCGAAUCCGCCGUUUUCAACCUUAAUGACGGAGCCAGCCUCUCCAACGUCAUCAUCAGUGCUAAUGCGCUCGAGGGUGUCCACUGCAAGGGCGUUUGUACUCUGACUAACGUCUGGUUCCGUGAUAUUUGUGAGGACGCCAUUUCCGCCCUCGGCACCGGCAACGUCCUAAUCCAAGGCGGCGGCGCCCAGAACGCAAUCGACAAAGUCAUCCAGCACAACGGCAAGGGCACUGUCACCAUCAAGGACUACACCGUCGUCAACGCGGGCAAGUUGUACCGCAGCUGCGGCGACUGCACCAACAAUGGCGGCCCGCGCCACAUCGUGGUGCAGAAUGUCAAGGUCAAUGGCAUGACCUCCGACUUGGUUGGCAUUAACUCCAACUAUGGCGACACGGCAACCAUUAGCGGCUCGUGCGGUAUCAGCAAGAAGGUCUGCCAGGAGUACAAAGGGGUUAGUAAGGGUAGUGGGAGCAGUACCAAGGUCACUACGACUGCCAACUGCAAGGGUGCUCAGGGUCUCCUUUCCAAGCUGCCUGCUUGCUAG